CACAUCUGUCAUACCGUCCACAGUAGGUAAACAACGCAAGCUGCAAUGUUUAUCGCACUCGCGCUUUGUGAAUUCAUUCAAUAGAUUGGAUUAUUGAUUUUUCUUACUAGAAGUAACAUAAUUUCUACUUUUUGUCAUGCUGUAAAGAUCGAGUGCACAAAACCGGAAAAGCAUACCAAGCCACUAUGGAGGAGUUGUCAGGGGUCAUGAUAGUGUUGAUAAUAGGUGGUGGUGUCUUGGGUGUUACGAUAUGUUUCAUUUUCGCAAAACGGCAGAUCGUUCGAUUUACGCUUAGACAACGUCGUGGACCCCAUGUCGCUGUUGGACACGAUGCUAAAAAGUCCAUCAAAAGGGAGAUAGAGCGGAGGCUAGACUGCAUACAAAAAAUCUAUUACGAACCAAAGCUCAUCUGGGAUGAUAAACAGAAGGACGAUGAAAAGUACAUUUUGAAACCGGAUACCACUUUACCACCAUACUAUUGGCGCAUGAAGGCAGUGGAUGAUGUGAAAGAGCUCGAGCGGGAAAUAGCGAAACAAGACGGUGCCACUAGACACCCUAGGGAUAGUAUGCGGGCGUUUCUUCUGACCACAUUGGCGGCUCCUCUAAAUGGUUCAGGCCAGCGACUAAUUCAUCAGUUCUGUGAUAUGUACGAACAUGCUCGACAUGAUCCUAACGAGUUUGGAGAGGAAGAAUAUCAAUCCUACCAACGCUUGCUUAAAAAAUUGUCCGAGGCUACAAAAAUGCUGAAAUCAUACUCCAGCAGUAGGAAAUCUUCUCCCAAUCGAACACCGGUGAAAAAACACUCCAAAAUGCAAUCACUGCUCGAUCCUGCCAGAUUACGCCCUCCGCCAGUGGCGCUUACAGCCGGAAAUGCGGGUGAUACGAUAAUUUCCAACACCCGCAUGAAUCUUUCUCUUGCGGUACAGCUGCAACAACAGCAUGAACAACAAUUUCAACAGCCUGAGCUUGAGGAAAACGAAAUUCUCAGCAUCUCACAAUACCAUGGGGAAACAGAAACAUUUACUAUACGCAGGUCUUUCAAAAAUUGAAAUGGUCUAAACAUCGUAUUAACUUGAUUCAAAUCGGUAAGAAGAUGAAUGAUAAAAAUAAAUUUCCAAAGCACUAGUUCGAAUAAAA